AUGUGGCACAACAUGAUAGGGUUCAUUUGGUGGAUUCUGGUCAGCGUUUUCACCUUUAGUGCGGACGCUGUAAAUCGAACUAUCUACGCACCUUGGAUUUCACCACUGCUAUUCGUUGAAGAUGGUCACCCCGUUGGACUGCUACCGGACCUUAUGAAUGGUNUUUUAAUCAAACCGGUGGACGACUGGUUCACGGGAUCUGAUGCGUUUGUGCCCGAUGUCAACAUCACAGCAUUUGACAAGGGUUCUAUGCAGUGUUUACGGAAUCUACAUAAUACGGAUCCGAACGCAUUGUGUCUGUUUCAAAUCACCUCAGCUAGUAUGGACACACUGCAAUCGAACGGAUUGGGCGAAUCAAAUGGGAGUGAAAAUGUGGUUCUAACUAUUCCCUGGUUAAAACUACGUCCCGUCCUGCUCGUGCUGUGUUCCGGCGACGAUUGUGAUCAUUCCGGUUUACAAGCAUCCACAGUGAAGGCAAUGUACUUUCUGUUCGUCUUUCAUUCAAGCGUUUGGUCACUGCUGUUUCUUUAUAUCCUUGUGGCAGGAUCAAUGUUAUUCAUUUUUGAAAUUACUCAUCCUUUCAAAUGCGGUGGAAAAAAGCGCGAAGGACGUUACGAGGGAUGCUUCAAUUUGCUGGAAUCCUUUAUUUUCGUGUUGUUGGCCAUGUUCUUGCAGCCGUACAAAAAGUUCCCUAGAUCUUGGGCCGGAAUCACACUAGCACUGUUCUGGUACGCGUUCGCCCUGAUCUGUGUGAUCGCCUAUGCCGCAGGAAGUGUACGACUGAUAUUCCAACCGAUCGAACAAAUUGAGAACGCCCGCAAACUGGUCAUUUCACCACGUCAUCCGAUUGCCUGUGAAACAAAUCAUCCCUGGUGUGAUUUACUGGCACGGAACAAGGCCAAUCGCAUUGUGGAUGCGAUCGAUUUGCCUCGAGAUCGGUCCGGUCGAAUACACAUUGACUUGGACUCGAUCAGAAACGGAUCGUAUGCACUUCUUGUGGAUCACGUAACUGCGCACCAGUUGCUAUUUGAUGAACAGUACACAGAUGAGCAGAAUGUGACAUGGCACUGGUCCUCAGCACGGGUAGAAUGUAUCGAUCCAGCUGUGACAUCAAUGUGGAACUUGCCUUCCAUCUGGACAGGUUUUCUAACCAUCAAAUCAUCCGUGGCUCAAACUAUGAACAAUUUCAACUUGGAUCCCUCGGAAGAACGAAGACCGAAAGAGCUCUGGGAAACACUGACUUGA